CUCCAGUGUGCAUUUCUACAUAAAAACACAGACCCUGCCAGCUCCCUCAAUCAGAAACACAGGGAGGAAGGAAACAAAACAGUCUUCUGUGGCUUAACGUCCUAGCUGAAAGGCAAAGGCAUAAAACAAAAGCAGCAAACUAAAGCACCAACGCCUGACUCAGUGAACAUUUCAUGCAGUUUAUUGUUUAGUUCUUUAUUUUUGUUCCUCUGUUUUUUUGGACAAGGGGAGUAACUCUUAUCCUCGUAGCCUUGAUGGCUUUGCCUGACACCACACGAGGAUUGCCUAAUGGGGGAGGUGGUGGAGGUGGCUGCACUGGAGGUAAAGCCUUGGAACCGUUGUUUCCUGAGAUUGUGGAGCUAAAUGUUGGCGGACAGGUGUAUGUGACCCGUCACACUACUCUUAUAUCAGUUCCAGAUUCUCUUCUGUGGCGUAUGUUUUCCCAACAGAAACCAGUGGAACUGGCACGGGACAGUAAGGGACGUUUCUUUCUUGACCGUGAUGGUUUCUUAUUUCGCUAUGUGUUGGAUUACCUGCGAGAUCUACAGCUUGUACUGCCAGACUACUUUCCAGAGAGAAGUCGGCUACAAAGAGAAGCUGAGCACUUUCAAUUGCCUGAACUAGUAAAGCGCCUGAAUCCUCUUCGUGUCAGUAAAGAAAGCUCGAUUGGUGGAGAAGAACCUCCUUUGCUCCUUACCCCUGCAGCCAAUCAGGAUUCUGACUUAGAUACAGCCAUCAUUCCAUCAUCUUCACCAGCAGCUGGAGUGCCCUCUCCAACUUUAGAUCCAUAUCGCUUCAAUGCCUCUUCUUCUUGCAGUCCAGCCUCAGUCCCACGUCUGACUCCAUCACAAUCUCUGGAGGGUAAAAGAUCUGGUUAUAUAACAGUUGGCUAUCGAGGUUCCUACACCAUAGGACGUGAGGCACAGGCUGAUGCCAAGUUCCGAAGGGUUGCCCGUAUCACUGUCUGUGGCAAAACCUCCCUAGCCAAAGAAGUUUUUGGAGAGACCUUGAAUGAAAGCAGAGAUCCUGACAGGCCUCCUGAGCGCUACACAUCUAGAUACUACCUCAAGUUUAACUUUCUGGAACAAGCCUUUGACAAGCUAUCUGAAGCUGGCUUCCAUAUGGUGGCAUGUAGUUCCACUGGAACAUGCGCUUUUGCCAGUAAUGAUCAGAGUGAGGACAAAGUCUGGACCAGCUAUACUGAGUAUGUUUUUUGCAGGGACUGAAGUGAGGCCAUAUGUAGAAAAAUGCAAUGAAAAUUCAAGAAUUAACUAUUGUCAAUAUUUUACCUUCUCAUUUCCCAAUUAAAAAAAAAAAGCAAAAACAUUUUCAUCUUAAGGAUAAAAUUACACUUAAAGUGUAAGUGGGGCUAGUGGAUCAGUUCCAUCUUUUGACACAACUAUAAUCUUAUAAGAAACUAUAUCCUGAAUAGCAGUGCACCUACAAAACUAAAGUUCAUUGAGUCAUACGAACUUCUGCUUUAGAUUGUUUAGUAAUCUCUUGCGUUACAAUCUGCCAUCUUGCAAAACAUAACUGACAAUCUUUCAUGAACUGCUCAAGAGGGUCGAUAGAAAAGCAUUAGAAGCCUCCUUCACGCUGGAAUGUGUCUGUAUGAGACUUGCCUAUUCACCCUGAGCAGCUUCAAAAUUUGCCGUGGUUGUGGAAAUCUUCAAAAUAUCAAAGACUAUUAUUUUCUUUUUUCCCCCAAAGUGUUUAAAAUGACUGAUGUGCAGGCUGCUAUAAGCAGAAAUGAAGAUAAGUAUCACCCAUUGCAGCAUAACGUAAAACUAACCAUAUGCUCAUUCUUUCAAUAUGGAGAAAAAUCCUGAGUUAUUGUUAACUGCAGUUUAUCCGUCUUCAUUCCUAAACUCAGCUAUAAACACCUUGCGAAAGCUCUCUUUAGUUAUUAUGUUGGGGGGAUAAAAAAAAUCUCUUUCAUAUAGGAAAAAUGUACACUAAUAGAUGAGAUUGUGUUAUUCAGUUUCAAAACUGUUUUAAUUUUACAUUAUAUUCCAUAUCUUGCAUAAACUGGUAAGACAAAAGUACAUGAGUACUUUUUAGCAACCACCUAAUGUAAAUCAUAAAAAAAGGAAAGAAUAUUGUGCUUUUAUAUUAAAUGUCAUAUUUUUCUUAUUUGAAAUGUAUAAAUAUAUAUCUAUAUAUAAAUUCAGAACAUUUUAAUUGUACCUAUCCUCAUUCUGUUAUGAGUGACAAAGUGUAGAGGCAAAUUUAGGAAUAUGCAUUUAUUUUUCUGGGAUAAGAUAAAGCUUUUUGCAAUAAACUGUCAUAGCGGGCAUCGUUUCAUACAUAGUCUAGCCUUCCGUAGAGAGCUGAUGAAAUAUAAAUUACUUUUGUCACUGUUCAUUUUGAAAAGUUAAUUGAAGCAUAGUAAGGGCUUAUUAGCAGACUGGCUGUAGAUCAGUUGAAGUAGAUAGGAUUGCUAAAUACACACAUUUUUAAUAAUGAACGAUAAGAAUACCUUCUUCUGGUUCUAUAUUUGUUAUGCCCCAUUCGUUGGCAUAGAGCUGAAAGUCGACUAAUGAAGGUGAUUCAAUGCAUACAGUCUUCUCGGUCUUGUCACAAUUGAACUUACCUAGCAAAGCAUUUCCAUUCCAAAAUGUGGAGAACAAGUCUGUGAGUUUCCAUAGAGAUUUCUUGUUAUUUAGCAGUUUGCCCCAAAAUUUCACCUUUUUUAAAAUUAUCAGUGUGGCCUAUAUUUCUAAGUGUAAUAGCGCUAAGUGUAAUAUUUCUAAGUGUAAUCUCUGAUACACAAUAAUGAUGUCAGGUAGAAUAUCAGAAGAGUUUAACUAUGUAAUAGAAGAUAUAGAAAUGAAUAUAACAUAAUACACAGGGCUGAUUUUCUGGUCUGUGUCCUUAAAAGGCUAGUGUAUAAAGGUACCAAGGGGCUCUCUUUAAUCUUCUAAUUAGGGUAGGGUCCUAAUUUCUUGCCAGGGUAGUGAAAAUCACCCAGCUAAGUCCUCUUGCCACUGAUUUCUGAUGUCUUUUAAACAUUUUAGCACCAAUUGUAUACCCAUUAAAACAAAAUAGAGGGCUUUAGGCCACCUUUCAACAUUCCUAGAUAGAUCUAUAUUUCUAUUACACUAAGGGUGGACAAAGGGUCUAUUCUCUGCUGUUGCACAGUUUGAACUCCUGUGACACUUUGUAAGCCUUAAGCACCAUAGCACUCAUAGCUCUGCUACAAUUGGAGAUCUACAAUUUUACAUUCCCUACAUUACACCAUAUAACUCCAUUGGGGUGUAAUAUUGAUCGGCUUUCAAAAAUGAGUUCGUCUUUAAAUGUCUCCUCUGCAGUUCAUCACACAUUAGUGGAACUCACAUUCCUAUAGUUCAUUGGAUUAUAUGAUAUAACCCGUCACUCACACAUAUAUGUAAUUAGGCAUAUAGCAUGUAUGAAAAGCAGUACUAAAUAAAGACUAUGAACUGAAACUAUGUUUUAGAACAAUUCAGGCAAACAUGACUUUACCAAAGACUGCCAUACUAUUGAGUUAAUUUAAGUAUAUAUAUUGUUUUCGUAAUAAAACAGACACAAAUAUUUUGUUUUCUAAAAAAAAAAGAACAGCACAGUUGUGGGGAUAAUAAUCUCUCCUUGCUUUACUCUGUAUUUUGUUAUUCUGUUUUUCCAACUGAUGUAUGUUUAUAUUUCACAAUACUGUUUUCUGUUUUAAUGUUAAUCAUCAUUAUUUGAUGUAAGCAAUAUUAUUUAAUAAAAGCAUUAAUAAACAUGACGUUUAGCACAGUUACACAGCAUCGACUAAAAAUUAAUUUUGGUGAGCUGAAUACUGAGUUGUGAAAUGAUUUUAUAUCCAUCACUAAACAGCUUACUGCUUAGGAAAUCCAUCCCUAGUUGACUCUUUUUGAAAGGAAACCAAGCCAAAUAUCAUCUGCAGAAUUAUUAGAGAUUUGUGUCUUUUGCUGAUAUCAACACACUAUUAAAUCUUUAAUUUUUCAGCGUUACCGGUUUUUUUUGUGCUGUGCUGAUAGAUUCAUUUAGCUCAGGGUGUUGAAUCCCCCCCUCUCAUUUUUUUAACCACCUCCUCUGAUUCUCUUCGAAUCGUAGGUUGUCAGGGCACUGUUGGUGUUUUUUGUUUAAAAUCUUCUGGGAGAACUAGAGUGUGACACCAAUGCAUUGUCUCUGUCAGCAUCAGGUGGCUACACUAUCGACGUAAAGCAUUAUCCUGCAUCUGUGUGUGGUCUAUGUUGUUUAAAAUGUAUUGAUAAGGAUAGUUGUCAGCCACUUAAUCAAUAAAAAAUAAGACACCAGAGCUAUUCAUAGAAGGGGAAUUAUGGGAUGAAAUUUCCUCUAUUUUCAACGCAUAUAAAGAUAAUGCCAAAGUUCCAAGCCAAGUCACUGCUUUGUGGGUGUGCUAGCAGUGAUAAGUAGUGUAAUCCCCAAACAAGCAGUUAUUCUACUCGUCUCUAAAUGAGCGGUAAUGCUAUUUAAUUACAUUAGGGUGUACGUUUGAGAAAAUUACUAUCUACAUUUCUCUGAAUAAUAAGUAAAAAAAAAUUAGGUACAAAAUACAAAUUGAUAACCAUGGCACACACUUAUUCAUAUCACAGCUGCUAUCAGUUUAGCAUAGCCGAAGGUCUUGUUCAUUGUUUUGUGCCCCUCUUAGUCUGUGGCUAAACAUACUCUUUGAGAUGAGAAAAAGCUCAACUUAAGUUUUGCAUGCAGUGUAUAGUGCUGGCAAAACUCGGAUAAUAUUUACAUGGGACUAUUGCUACAGAUUGGCUGAUUGACAGAAGCUAGAGUUACAUCCUUAAUAUAUAUGCAAACAUCUUAGAAUUGACAGCAUUACAAGAUGAAGCAAGCCAAACUGGCUGUAGUGCUCUCCUUUAAAAUGACACAAUAGGCAUCCAGACCACUUCAGCUCAUUGGAGUGGUCUGGGUGCAGUGUCCAUGUCCCGUUAGUCCUGUAAUGUAAAACAUUGCAGUUUUAGAAAAACUGCAAUGUUUUUACUGCAGCACUAAGACAAUCUUUAGUGGCAGUCUCUUCCAGACAUUCUUUACCAGACAGCCACUAAAGGCGCUUCUGGGAUUUGACUGGACUUUUGGUCCACUAACUGAUGCUAGAUGUCCUGACGCUGUGCAUGAGAACAUCCAGUGUCAGUAAAUCCCCAUAGGAAAGCAUGCGCAUUAGCCUACCCUUCCAUCCGGUGAUGUAAUCAGAGGAGGCAGUGUACCAACCCAGCGCAGUGGGACUUUGGUGCUAGAAUCAGGUAAGUGAUUAAAGCGUUUUUGGAUCUUUAUUGGUUGGGAAGGGGGAGGGGGAAGGGGGAGGAGAGCCUGAUGGCUCUAUAGUGUUAGGAAUACAGAUUUGUAUUCCUAACACUAUAGAUUCCUUUUAACUGCAAUUCCCAUGAUCAUCAUGCACAUGAAAACCUUCUGGCAGCAUUCCCCUCCAUGAGAGAAGUGACUGCAGGGCAUAGAAGGAAGGCAAGGCUAUAGUACUGGCAUCCUUUCGAGAAGGACUAGAUCAGCGAAGGCCAACAUGUAUUCUAUCAGCUGUAGUAGAACUGCAAUGUCUGUGAUGCAUUGCUAAACUAAAAGAAUUAGAGUUGUAAUUCUACAUCAGCUAAGGUUAUUUAUUUCUUCAAAGGUUAUUUUGCCUUUAUUCUACAAAAUGAAAAAAUAAAUAAAAAAAAUCAGUGUAUAUUUUUAACAUAUGUGCAUUUUACAGAAAUCCUUUUUUUUUAAAACAUAGAACAGUGCUCUGAGGUUGUACAUAUUUCCACAAACACAGAUGCACACAUAAAUACACAAGCACAACUUAUGUUUCAUCAUUGUCACCGACUCUAUCACUCUCAUAUGGUGAUAUCCAGUUUUUCAAAAAUAUACAACUGAGCAGUAUACGACAAAUAAUUUUAUUCUUUGUGUGCUUACCAAUAAAUACUAAAUAUCAAUGUUCUGUUAGCAUAUAAAGAAUUAAAAUGCCUGAUCACAUAGUUGGAUUGUAUAACAUUUGCAAGAAUGAAGUUAAUAAAAAUACACAUCACGA